AUGGCUAAGAUUACUAGCUUCAAGUAUACAAUUUUUCUAAGUUGUUCCUCGAUACUUAAUCUGUUCUUUGUUAGCCUCUACCUCCACAGCCGGAUGGAGCAAAGUUGGACUAAAAAUGCUGCUGCAGAAGCUGAGGCUGUGGCAGGCAUCUCAUGCUCAGGUCAUGGAAGAGCUUUCUUGGAUGGAUCAAUAGUUGAUGGAAAACAUGUUUGUGAGUGCGAUGCAUGCUAUGGAGGCUCUGACUGCUCUGAAUUCUUACCUGGUUGUGUCGCUGACGCAGAUAGUGGAGAUCCUAUGUUCUUAGAACCCUUUUGGCUGAAGCAUGCAGCUAGUAGCGUCAUUGUACUUCCUGGAUGGCAUCGCAUGAGCUAUGAAUUCAAUGACGGUUCUCUCAUCUCGAAAGAGCUCGAGACUCAAAUUAGAAAACUUCAUGCAGUUAUUGGAAAUGCAGUCACUGAUGGAAGGUUCAUCAUUUUUGGUGCUGGUGCUACCCAACUUCUUCAUGCAGCGGUGCAUGCCCUCUCCACUAAUGAUCCAUCUUCACCUUCAAGAGUCGUAGCAUCAACCCCAUACUAUCCGGUUUACAGGGAACAAACUGAGUUUUUCAACUCUGAGGAUUAUAAGUUCAAAGGAGAUACUUCAUUGUACAAUAAUGAAAGAGAUUCUCAAGGGAACUUUAUCGAGCUUGUGACUUCCCCAAACAAUCCUGACGGCCAAUUAAAGAAGGCAGUUCUUCAAGGCCCAUCUGUGAGGACAAUUCAUGAUCUUGCCUAUUAUUGGCCACAUUAUACACCUAUCCCAGCUCCAGCAGAUGAAGAUCUAAUGAUAUUCACUCUCUCCAAGCUUACUGGACAUGGCGGAAGCAGAUUUGGAUGGGCAAUAAUAAAAGAUGAAACCGUCUAUCAAAGGAUGUUAAUAUAUAUCAGUCUAAGCACCUAUGGGGUUCCUCGAGAGACUCAACUAAGAGUUUUGAAGCUGCUAAAAGUAGCCCUAGAAAGAGAAGGAAAGGAAAUGUUUGACUUCGGAUACAAAACAAUGAGGAACCGCUGGAGAAAGUUGAGCGAAACUAUGUCAAUGUCCAAACGAUUUUCAAUCCAGGAACUUGAGCCUAAACGCUGCUCUUUCCACAAAAAAGUCAGGGGACCUUCUCCAGCUUUUGCAUGGCUGAAGUGUGAAAGAGAAGAAGAUAAUGAUUGCAACGUCGUGCUCAACUCUGUCAAUGUCACCGGACGUGAUGGUAGUUUGUUCGGCGCUGAAAGCAGAUUUGUUCGGCUCAGCCUGGUGAAGUGUGAAGAUGACUUCGAUUUGCUGCUUAAAAGGAUGCAAAUGUUAGUAUCUGAAGAAAAUGAUAGUACCAAAAUUAUGCCACAGAAUAAAACCACCGUAAAUCUGUCAUCACCACGGUCGAAUGCUAUCUAUAACUGGGAUCAUGUUACUAGCAAAUAUCACCUUGAAGAACUCACGACACAUAUUCAAGACCAAGCUACCAUGCCAGCCUAUUGA